AUGCACACAUGCAGACAAGUGGUCACUGGACCCAGAGGGCACACGUCCCGGGGCCUUCAGGGGUCAGUUGGGCACAUGCCGGCCCCUGGCCUGUGCCUGGUCCCCCCUCCCACCCCCAGCCCACCUGCCCAGACUGCACAGGGCAGGCGUCCCUCCCAGCGGGGGCUGGGGGUUGAAACCAUGGGGUCCUCAGAGGCUCUCUCACCUCCCUGUAAAACAACACCAAGCAAAAAGUUGCUGCAUCCCAGCAGUCCAGAACAGGGCUCCCGGGAGAGCAGCUUUCCCCCCAAAAGAAAGGAGAAACAUUUUUAA